AUGGCCCUCGAGCCACCAACAAAGAGAAAGUGCUUAGGUAAUAAUUGUCAAAAUGCUGUAGGAACUCUGCAAUGCCCAACAUGUCUGAAGCUAGGAAAGAAGGAAGUUUACUUCUGCUCUCAAGAUUGUUUCAAGCAGAGUUGGAAUACACAUAAAUUACUUCACAGAGUCAAGGAUCCAGAAACCGGUAAUUACAAUCCAUUCCCCACCUUUUCAUUCACAGGUCCACUUCGCCCUAUCUAUCCUUUAUCCCAGCGAAGACAUGUGCCCCAGUCCAUCAAGCAUCCAGACUACUGGAGGGACGGUAUACCACACAGUGAACGAACACUUGCCGGCCGAACCAAGAUCGAAAUUUUAGACAAAGCUGGACAAGAGGCUAUGAGAAAGGUGUGUAGGCUAGCUAGAGAAGUUCUUGAUAUUGCCGCCGCAGCCGCUAAGCCUGGUGUUACCACGGACUACAUCGAUGAAAUCGUCCACAACGCAUGUGUAGAGAGAGAUUCAUAUCCCUCGCCAUUAAAUUACAGCCAAUUCCCUAAAUCAGUGUGCACUUCACCCAAUGAGGUAAUUUGUCACGGGAUUCCGGAUCAGUAUGUACUUGUUGACGGCGAUAUUCUGAACAUUGAUGUCACACUUUACCACGGCGGGUACCAUGGUGACUUGAACGAAACCUACUAUAUCGGUGAUAAAGCCAAAGCUGAUCCUGACUCAGUUCGUGUUGUGGAGGCAUCACGCGAGUGUCUUAGGCAAGCUAUCACUCUAGUUAAGCCAGGAACACCAUUUCGAGAAUUUGGAAAUAUAAUCGAAACUCAUGCCAAAUCUCAGAAAUGCAGCGUUGUUAAAACCUACUGUGGGCAUGGAAUUAACACACUCUUUCACUGUCCCCCUAAUAUCCCACAUUAUGCAAAAAAUAAGGUGGUAGGAACUUGUAAGGAGGGGAUGUGCUUUACAAUUGAACCUAUGGUUGCUUUGGGGACGCAUAGAGAUAAGACUUGGCCAGACAACUGGACAAGUGUCACACAAGACGGGAAACGGACCGCGCAAUUUGAGCACACACUGCUGGUAACUUCAGAUGGGGUUGAAAUUUUGACAGCUAGAUUCCCAAACUCUCCUGGUGGCCCCUUACCACUACCGAACAUAGCAUCAAGAGUAGAAACUUAA